UCUAUAUCUGUGUUUGCUGAUUAUGAGUCUCAUAAUCAGCAAUGUCUAAAAUAGGGGAAAGCUUGGGAGAGAACUCUAGAUGGAGUCUUCAAGGCAUGACCGCUCUUGUCACCGGUGGCUCUAAAGGCAUCGGAGAAGCUGUGGUGGAGGAACUAGCUAUGUUGGGAGCAAGAGUCCACACAUGUGCCAGAGACGAAACUCAGCUUCAAGAUCGCUUACGUGAGUGGCAAGCAAAAGGGUUUCAGGUCACCACUUCUGUUUGUGACGUUUCUUCACGUGACCAGCGGGAGAAACUCAUGGAAACUGUUUCCUCCCUCUUCCAAGGAAAACUCAAUAUUUUCGUACCCAAUGUUGGAACGGGUAUAGCAAAGCCUACCACAGAGUGUACAGCAGAAGAUUUUUCAUUUAUAAUGGCUACAAAUCUGGAGUCAACUUUCCAUCUCUCACAGCUCGCUCACCCUUUGUUGAAAGCCUCUGGUUCAGGGAGCAUUGUGCUCAUGUCUUCCGUUGCUGGGGUUGUGAACUUGGAAGGUACAUCCAUCUAUGGAGCAACCAAAGGAGCAAUGAAUCAGCUGGCAAGAAAUUUGGCAUGCGAGUGGGCGAGUGAUAAUAUAAGGACCAACUCUGUUUGUCCAUGGUUCAUCACAACUCCGGCAUCUAAAGAUUUUCUCGGUGUUGAAGAGGUAAAAGAAAAGGUGAAGAGCGUGACGCCAAUGAAGCGUAUUGGAGAAGCAAAUGAAGUCUCAUCGCUUGUGGCAUUUCUAUGUCUUCCUGCAGCUUCAUAUAUAACAGGUCAAACUAUUUGCGUGGAUGGAGGUUUCACUAUUAACGGCUUCUCUAUGCCUUAAAUUAACAUAUGCAUGCUUAAAUGUAUAUGAUUUGUGGUCUAUUUAAGUGCCAAAUUGAUGGAUACUAAUUUAAUCUACACAAGUCAUAUAUGUAAGUUAUGUUGAUGGAGCUCACUCUGCGGUUCAUCAUUCAUGCCUUGUAAUCUCUAAUUCUAUCGGAUAAGAAUUUGGUCGUGUUCGUAUACGAUGUUUGUUUGUUUCCGUUCAAGCUGAGAUAUGGGAGGAAUUACGUAA